CAAACUUUCCCUUUUGUUUUACUCUGAAGUUUGGCAAAAACCCCAAAAUUAUCUUGGGAAUGUUAGGAAUUUUUCUUUUUUUCCAGGAAGGGUCUGUAUCUGUUCAAAACUUGUAGUUUAGCCCCUCGAAAGCUUCUGUUCCUUUCUCUUUCUCUCUCUAUCUGCAAUUAAGAGAGAGGGAGGGAGAAAGCGCGGGAUAAAGGGAAAAUUUUUCAUGGAAAGCCAAAACCGAUAAAACCUCUCAAUCAAAAACCCUAGAUUAGUCGUUUUCCCGCCAAAAUAUCCCUUGUAACAUGCAAGACCAUGAUGUUUAAUCGGGUUUGAAUUCGAAAUCCAUGGCAGGAUGGUCGAUGAGAGCUGAUGGGUCUUCACUAGAUUGCGCUAAAACCCCAGAAAAGCUCGAGCCAGCUGGUUAUUGGGUCGAUCUCGAGCCCUUUUCAGAAGGGUCUUUUUUGAAAUCUGAACCUGAUAAGCUUAGGUUCUGGUUUAACAAGUUUCUUGCAUCUUUUUUGAAAGAGAUCUGUGCCCAAGGUUGUUUUUGGCCUCUUCCUCCAAUGCUUGGAGAUGGGCAGCCUGUGGAUUUGUUUAAGCUUUUCUUGGUUGUAAGAGAGAAAGGUGGAUACAAUGCUGUUUCAGAAAGUGGGUUAUGGGAUUUGGUUGCUGAAGAGUCAGGGUUGGGUUUAAAUGUAGCGUCAUCGGUUAAGUUGGUUUAUGUUAAGUACUUAGUUUCUUUAGAGAGAUGGUUGGAGAGAAUUAUUGAAAGUGAGGAUUCGAAGAGCGAAUCAGAUUAUAGUGGUCAUUUGAUGGAGUUGGGAGCUGAGCUUAAAGGGUUUUUAUUGGCAUCAAAGAAGAAAGUUGUGGAGUAUUCUCAAGUGGAAGAGAGUGUAGUGGCAGGGUCCGAUGGAGGAGAGAAAUGUGUCAAAAAUGAGGAAUCUAUGCAUAUUGAUUUAACAAAGAGGGUUUUGAAUUAUGAAGGAGUUGGAAAAUUGCAGAAUGAUGAUGAUUCAAAGAGUGUGGUGGUUGAUUCAGAUGGUGACAAAAAGUGCAUUGAUGGUGAUGAAUGUGAAGAAUCGCCAUCAGAUUUGGCAAAAAGUGCAGUCAACUCAUCGGAUGUUGAGAAAAUUUGUAAUGAGGAUGAGGUGAAGAGUGCAAUUAUGGAGGAUUUUGUCGACUGUAAGAAAUGCACAGAUAGUGAUGAUGAUGACAAUGUUGUGAUAUUGGAUUCAAAUGACACUAAGGAAAAAUUUUCAUCUCAUAAGAGGAAGCGGGAGUCUAUGUGGGGGAUGCUUAAUUGGAUUAGCGAGAUCGCAAAGGAUCCGUGUGAUCCGGUGAUUGGUUCAUUGCCGGAGAGGUCAAAGUGGAAGUCUUAUGGGAAUGAGGAACUUUGGAAGCAGGUUUUAUUGUUUCGAGAAGCUGCCUUUCACAAAAAGGAUGAUCAUUCAGGUGUGGAUCAGUCCAGUUGGCAGAAAAAUCAGAAGAUGCAUCCAUGCUUGUAUGAUGAUCCGACUAGAUUUGGAUACAAUCUCAGAGAGAGGUUAAGUUGCCCCAAGAAGCUCCUUCUGGGGAAAAUGGUGUCAAAGGGAAAAAAUUAUUCACAGUCCUCCUCCUCGGGAAAUCAUAGUGACUUGGACAAUUCCAUGGUGGGGAUUGACAAACAGUCGCAUGGAACUUAUGACUCUGAGACCCCAGGUUCAGUGUUUGACUAUGAUAAUGACAUGCAAGUUCCUAUUGGGCCAUAUUUUCAAGUUGAGGUACCAGACUGGACAGGGUUGGCUUCAGAAAGUGAUCCGAAAUGGUUGGGGACUCGUGUUUGGCCAUUGGAAAAAAAGGAAAAGAGGUUUCUGAUUGAAAGGGAUCACAUUGGAAAGGGAAGACAAGAUUCAUGUGGCUGCCAUAUUCAAGGUUCUAUACAAUGUGUAAAAUUUCAUGUUGCUGAGAAAAGAUUGAAAGUAAAGCUUGAGCUGGGUUCAGCUUUUAACCAGUGGAAAUUUGAUAAGAUGGGCGAAGAGGUUGCAUUUUCUUGGAAGGAGGAAGAACAGGGGAAGUUUUCGUCUAUAGUGAAGUCGAAUCCUCCAUUGCUAGAUAAAUGUUUCUGGGAUGAGAUUUACAAGUAUUUUCGUAGCAAAAAAAGUAGGGAAGAACUUGUUUGCUAUUAUUAUAAUGUCUUUCUCUUGCAGCGUAGAGCAUACCAGAAUAGGAUUACUCCAAACAACAUUAACAGUGAUGAUGAGGAAUCAGAAGCAGAAUCAGGUGCUAAUGGCUUUGGGCAUGAAGCAGUUAAGUCCCACACCUCCAUCCUGAUUUCCCCAAAGAAGUCCCAAAAAAAGUCUAGAUACUCUUCGUCAAGUAAAUAUGGAACACUUUGACAAAAGAUGUAAAGGCUCACAGCUUUUUUUGGGUUCGCUGUUUUGAGGUUUCAACGAAAAGAGAUAUUCCUCUCGGUGUACGUUGAAAAGUGAAAAUUUUAGUGGUCGAAGGUUUUGUUUUAAGGGUGUAAUUUUGAGGGAAGAAUUGAUGACACCUCUGGUCUCAAGCAGCUUUGGUGCUCUUCAAGUGUUUUUGGUUCAUGCUUUUUUCAGUUUUUGAGGUAUAUUCCUGUCCAUUUGUCAUAACUUCUAACAUCAAAUACAGGUAUUUGGCAUCCUUUUCUUCA